GUUUAGUUCAAAUGACAAUGCGAAAAUUGUGAAAACACAAAUCGCUCAUAACCUCAAUAUCAACAGUGCUGGCAGACUCUGUCGAAAUUUUACUAGAUCUGGUGAUUUUUUAUGCUGAUGAUUUUGCCAUACCGACUUAAAAAUCACUAAAUUGUUAUAUAAAAAAGGUAAUUUGGUGAAAAUGAGUAUAUUUGGCACUUUUUUCAAUUCGAAAUUAGUGAAUUGUAUUUAUUGGACUGGCAACGCUGAAUGUGAAGUAAAUGGAAGUGGCUCAAGUUACGGUCAGUGUGGUUGUUUUUUAAAAAUGUGAAAUGUCUCAGUGUCAAGAUAUACAAAACCAGAAAUCGUUUCAAUACUUGUUUGAGGUGGAAACUUUAGCCCAAGACAUUUUAACUGAUAAAGAAAUAAAAUUGGAUUUGUCCAACUCGAGGAAUAAGUUUAGGGAAGCCCUAAGGGCUUUGGAGAGUACCGAGGAUCGAAGGGCUUGGAUCCAAGCCGGCUCUGUUUACAUCGAACGGCCUACUAGUGAAUGCAAGGAAAUUUUAAAAGCAGAAUUUUCAAACGCUGAUAAGGAUAUUUUACAAUUAGAUAAGAGUAUUAAGAAUAAACUCCAUAAAUUAAGGGAUUUAGAGCACGAACCUAGGUUAGAGGGCUUCACCUUGAACCCCAUUUCUUCAGCCGAGGCUAAAGCAUUGCACAAAGCAUUUGGUACUAUAUAACUAUCAGUUAUUUACCAAGUCCGCAAUUAAAUUAUUGUAAAUAAAAACAUUUUUGCAUUU